AUGGGAAAGCUAAAAGAGGUAGACACAGAACUCGAGAAGUCAGAGUCUGUCAGUACUGUGUCAGGCAAACAGGAGUCUGAUCAGAAAUCUGGAGUUCAGGAGGUUAAAGUGUCUGAGUCUGAGUUGAAAAAUGUCGGUAAACAAGAUGUGACAAUUAUUUGGGAUGAACAGGGUGUAGAGAAAGUCGUUUCAAUCCCUGAAACACCAUGCCAACAGUGUUUACAACCGUGCAAAAAGGUUACCCCUAAAUCACAGGAGGGUGAGGGAUCUUCAUCACAGCCAAAGAAGAAACAAAAGAAAGCAGCGAAGACGUUAUUGAUUGAUGAGCCGGAGGUUGAAGAGCCAGUUGUUACUACGGAAGAAGAUCCGUAUGCUGAUAUUGAUCAAGUGAUGUUAAAUGUUGAUGAUUUAGUGUCUGAGCAAGCAGCUAAUGUGGAAGCUGAGAAAGAGAAGGUCAUUGAUGAUGUCGAAGGUGAUGAUGUUAAUAAAAGUACAACAAGUUCUUCGAGUUCUUCUGAUGAAGAUAUAGAUGAGACUGAACGUCUAAGAAGAAUUCAAGAAGCUACAGAGAAAGAGAAACAAUUAAAGAAGAGGAAGAGACAGGAGAAAGAUGCUGCUGCUUAUGUCCCAUCUCCUGAGCACGUUUCUGAAUCUCAAUCUCCUUUGAGUGGUAAAAAGAAAGCAGGAGCAAGAAAAAGAAUUGUAUCUCCAAAGAUAAAGAAAGUUACUACAAAGAUUACAAAGCCGAAGAUUGUUUUGAAGAAGAAAACGGCCAAAGAACCAAGUAAACCACCAACACCACCACCUGAACCUACACCACAUCAAUCAACAAUACAAUCACCACCACAUCAAUCACCUCCACGACAACCUUCACCACCAAAACAACCUAUACCACCGAGACAACCUUCACCAUUACAUCUUUCACCACUACAUCUCUAA